AUGUUUGAACGACAAACCUCGGAGAAGCGUAAUGACAGUGUGACCGUCAAUCCCCAUGAAUAUAGCAAUGGCCACAACAACUGGAACAAGCCGCCGACAGUAGUGUCGUCUGAUCAAACCGAGAUAAGACCUAUUACUAGGCGCAACACCUCUGAGGGCGCCAAGUCCUCUCGAACGAGCAUGCACUGUCCAACAUCGAACAAUGCUGUUGGCGAAUUACUGAGGAUCUCAAUUCUCAUCGAAGCGAGUCCGAUCAUCAUUUCUGUCGGUGCGACUUUGAACACAUCCGGACUUAUACACAAGGAAAGCCAGGCACCUGUCACACUGGAAGCAGAUAUUUCUCGAAGUUGGUCUGGAAAGGCAUGCAACAACACGAUCAACUAUGUCAAUGCGGCUGUUUUGACUAUUGAAUCAUCCAUGCAACCAAGAGUUAUACCAAAUUGGAAAUAUCACCCAGGAUACGGAUGCAAAUCAUAUUGGGCCCGCCGCAUCAAACACCCCAGAGGGUUCUACUGGCUGCAAUACGGCGUCAGUAGCGGCCCCAAUACCGAUGGCCCCGACUGUUCUUUUAUAUGCAAGUUGAUUCCAAGAGCAGAAGAGACGCACACAAAUUUGGCCAGCAUACAAGCCUGCUGCGAGCGGGUAGUUGAAGAAUUGAAAGUCCAUCGAGCCGAUGAGCGGUACAGCAGUAGGUGGCAAAGUCCAUCAUGUACUUGCGACUUUGAAUUCAUCAGAAACAAUUCGCGGGGCCAGGCUGGCGUGUGCUGCUCUGAAUGGUGCAAGAGAGCAAGUGCCGAAGUCGUCUGGUUGGCAAUGAAUCGACACGACCGGCUCUGCUCAUGCGGCUGCUUCAACUUUCCAACCAGGCAGCCAUCUUCCGCCGACAUGCCAUCGUACAGUGGUUGGAAACGCCAUCGCAAAUCAAAGCCUUACUGGAGUCGUGAGGUCAAUUUCGAUGAUGGAAGGUUAUGGAUGCAAUACGGCGUUAACAGCAACUCCGACCCAAGCGCUGAGCCGGACUGCAUCACAACCUGUAAGCAGACAUUCACCACGGACGGAGGUCGGAGACAGGCCAGGAAGCAUUGCAAAAACGCUGCUGCCAGUCUGGCGUCUCAUUUGAAAUUUGCAAGGUCUUGUGCAUGCGAUUUCGAAUCUCUGAUACUUGGGCAAGAGUGCUCUUCGAAGCACACACUAUGGUGGAAGGGGCGCGCGACUAAAAAUGUUCGUGCGGCCAUGAAAAAGCAUAACAAGUGCUGCGCAUGUGAUUGCUUCGAGUUUCUGUAG